AUGCAGCACGACAAAGUACAUCCUCUGUUACAACAGACGCCCUUGACAGUAAAUCCAUUCAUCGAUCUGCCGAAAGCUCCGACUCUACCACCCAACUAUGUCACCUUGCCGACAACGCUUCCGCCUUCGAUGCUCAACUCUGCCCCGGCUGCUUCACGUCCGGAAUUGCCAGCUUACGUGACGUCAGCCUCGGGCUUCGCAGCGCAUCCCAGCGCGAUCAUAGCACAGAAUCAGACACUGCUAGAUCAGAUCACUCGACAGCGCAAGGAUGCAGCACAGAAAAUCAGCGAAUGGCAGACCGGAAUAACGCAGCGUGAUCUUGCGGAAAAGAGAAGGAAAGCUCCAGGUUGGCUCGACAGUGAAAACAGGCUACUGGAGCCCUCGAAGGCUUCGACAGACAAGAACACGAGCCAGACUGCAAGUCUACUUGACGAGCUUCCGUCAACAGAUGAGAGCGGUAUCUCGGUAGAUACCAGAAAGAGCGGCGAUGACAUUGGGGCCGCGAUGGAUCGAGCAUUCGGCUGA